AGACCUGAACGGCGGUCACAACUCACAACUUCCAACGCAAGAGAAUUCAAGUUGCUGCAGAUAGAGUUUUCUCUAUAAAUAAAGGUGUCGCGCCAGAUUUUUUGCCCAGUCGUGAUAAUUUAGUCGUGCUCGAAAGAUCUAUUAAAACGCUUAGUGCAAUUUCCGAAAAUGAAACAGCUGAUCAUUUUCGCCGCCAUGCUUGGCCUAUCGGUGGCCCAGUUUUCCAACGGAAGAGUUCUGGAACCACCGAAUCCGCAACUCUGCAGCAAUAGGAUCAUCCACGAGCGAGCACCGGAUGGCAAAGGCUACUUCUUCUCGUGGCGUGAUCCAACCCUGCAGGGAGCUGAGAAAGACUGGCUGGACGCAAGGAACUUCUGCCGACAGCGGUGCAUGGACUCUGUCUCGGUCGAAACCAGCCCCGAAAACGAAUGGAUUAAGCAGCGCAUCGUUGAUGGAAAGCAAAAAUACAUCUGGACCAGCGGUCGGCUGUGUGACUUCAAGGGCUGUGAUCGACCGGAUUUGCAGCCGGUCCAGGUGAACGGAUGGUUCUGGACCGCCGAGCUCCAGAAGCUGGCCCCGAGCAACGUGCGCAACCAGAACGAUUGGUCCGAAAAUGGCGGCAUCGGCAAGGCCCAACCGGACAACCGGGAACUGAUCCAGGGCGGAGCCCCCGAGAACUGUCUGGCCAUCCUGAACAACUUCUACAACGAUGGCGUCCACUGGCACGACGUUGCCUGCCACCACGUGAAGCCUUGGGUGUGCGAGGAAAACGACGCCUUGCUCAAGUACGUCAAGUACACCAACCCCAAUUUGCGCAUCUAAGAAGCAGCCGGAUUGUAGUCUAUACUCUUCAAUUCCUAACCUUUCAAACGUUCUUAUUUUCACCAAUUCUAUUGUUUUUCACCCUUCAAAUCGUACCGUUACGCACUUAAGAAAACAGAUACCUACCGAAUAAGUUAGCCCCAUAAGAUACGAUUUUAGAUGUUAGGACUCGAUAGAUACUUUGACUCGUAUUUGAGUGCACUACCGACUGACUGACUGUCCCACGAUAAGUUCGGACCCAUUAGAAUCAAAACGAAUUGACGCGUAGUGGUUAAAUCAGAAAGAAGUGAAUGAUAGGUAACCGUUUUUUUUUUCGAUAUUUAUUGAAUAAAAAUAUUAAAGCCCACCAAA